AUGUCUUCUAUCAAUGUUGUUAUCAUCGGUGCCUCAUUUGCAGGCAUCAACGUCGGCCAUUCAUUGCUAAAGGGUGGGCCAAUAGUUAAUAUAAAGGUCGUGUUGAUUAAUCCAUCCACGAACUUCUACUUCCCGAUUAUCGCGCCACGAAUCUUCGCCAAACCAGACGCUUUCCGCUCCGAACAGUAUUUGUUCCCAAUCAAGGAUCUGUUCGCCAGAUAUCCGUCCGAUUCCUUCGAAUUCAUAAUCGGUACUGCGACCAAUAUCGACGUGACGGCUAAGAUGGUGUGUGUGACCAUCAACGGUGGUCAGGAUUCCACGUUAGUGGCUUACGACUACCUCGUUAUCGCGUCAGGGAGCACCACCGACGCCACAACCGGCUCCAUUACCGGAUUUCCAAUCCCCUUCAAGCAAUCUGGACGCGAUGAUAUGAUGCAAUUGAUCGAAGCAGCUCAAAAGCAGAUUGCUGGCGCAUCUAAAAUCGUCAUUGGAGGUGCGGGGCCCAUUGGGGUCGAGCUGGCGGGAGAGCUCGCGGAGGCUGCGGAUCAGAGAGGCAAUGCGGACGAAACGUCUAUCACACUGGUAUCAGCGUCGGAUCGCGUACUUCCGACACUCAAAUUAUCUGCUAGUAAUGCUGGUCAGCGGCUGCUAGAACUGAAGAAAGUCAAAAUCAUCAGCUCGACUCGGGUAGUUGGAGUGCAAGCCUCGACAGACAACUACGGCAGAAAGAUUUGGGUGGUCUCGCUAGACAACGGGGACAAACUUUCGGCGGAUCUAUACAUCCCUACGACCGGCGUGGUCCCUAACAAUAACUUCAUCCCGCCACAGUUCCUGGACUCAAGUGGAUGGGUGAAGGUUGACAAGGAGCUACGUGUCCAGUCGUCUGGUAGCUCAUCUCCUUUGCCAAUUUACGCAGCUGGUGACAUCACUACCAACACCAUGCGCCUCUCAUUCAAGGCCAGAGAGCAAGCGGCAGUGGUCGGGGCCAAUUUGAAAUCUGACAUCCUAGGCAAGGGCUGCCGCAAGACCUACGACGAGGGAGAAAGUGUUGUGAUGUUUGUGCCAGUAGGAGAGUCCGGAGGAACGGGGCAGCUCUUUGGAAUGACAAUAUGGAGCUUUCUCGUAAGAUUAUCCAAGGGGCGAGACUUCUUCAUCUCCAAAGCUCGCUCAGCGGUGGCGGGAUAG